AUGUGGCUCAUCAUGAUCAUGCAGUGUUCUCAUCCGUACUCGCCCGUAUUGACAAGUCGAGAACCAUUCAAGCAUCAAGCCCGGGCUGUAUCCAUAUGGACGCCCCAGGUAUAUGCCGACAGCAGGCCUCAGUCAUCCGCCGAAGAGAAUGGUACCGGUACCCGCAUCAUAUCCGCUUUGAUGCGUGCGUUGUAG